GGCUCAUUUUCCCCUUCUUGCUAAACAAUAAUGAGGAAAUAAGCUAUUACUGCUGAUGAUGACUGCCAUUCAGGAUAGUAUAAAAGAGCCCUGUGGGGUUAGGAGACUUACAAACAAGUCAUUCACUCACCUGGAAACAAACCAGACACUCAAUCCACCAACACCAUGUCCUGUUGUGGCUCCACCUGCUGUGGCCAAAGCUGUGGCUCUGGCUGCUGUGCCCCCUGCUGCUGCCGAACUUGCUGUUGCUUCCGGCCUCCCUGCUACCAGAGUACCUGCUGCAGGACCACCUGCUACAGGCCCACCUGCAUUGUGUCCACCUGCUGCCGCCCCAGCUGCUGUGGGUCCAGCUGCUGCCGCCCCAGCUGCUGUGGGUCCAGCUGCUGCCAGCCCUGCUGCCGCCCAGCUGCUGUGGGUCCAGCUGCUGCCAGCCCUGCUGCCGCCCUAGCUGCUGUGGGUCCAGCUGCUGCCAGCCCUGCUGUGGGUCCAGCUGCUGCCAGCCCUGCUGCCGCCCUAGUUGCUGUGGGUCCAGCUGCUGCCAGCCUUGCUGCCGCCCUACUUGCUGCCAAACCACCUGCUGUAGAACUACCUGCUGCCGCCCAGCCUGCUGUGGCUCCUCUUGCUGCUAAAUGUAUGGAUCAUGCAUGACUGCUCACUAUUUUCACCCCAUUCCAGAGAGGUAUCAGUUCCUUUACUGAUGUGACUCAAUAUGAGUAAAGUUUGUACAAUCAGCCAAUUAUAAGCUGAUCACAAGAGACCCAUUUGGAAACCUCCAUCGGUGGCUGGCCAUUUAAAUUCCUUCUUCAGUGCAGGCUAUCACCUCUCUGUUGUUCUUUUCCUCUUGCAUGAUCAACAGCUUUUAAUUUAAUUUUAAGCCUCCCAAGUCAAACUCUAAUCUGAUCCUCCAACCUUCUGUCUUUCUUCUUGGCAUUCAAUUCACCAGACUAUGCUGUAUGAGAAGAAAAUUAACUGCUAUACUUUAUCUCACUCUAAAAUUUUAGGACUGAGAUUCCAAAAAUGUUUCCUUCCUCGAUUCCCUCUUAUGCUGAUUUUCCAUUGCCUUCAUGCUUGGCAAUUUCUAAAUAAAACUCAGGUCUCCUGGCAAUAAACAAACAAACAAAAAAGUAAA